AGUGGCUCCAGGUGAGAGCAGCGGGCCACAGAGUGGCGUCAGCGUCCGCGCGAACCUAACAACCGUGGAGACGAUGGAGAGCAAGCAAAGCCAGGUGCUGAACCUUGUGCGGGUGCAGGAGCUGGAAACCUGGCUGAAAUCAACCAAUACAAAGCUGACUCAAGUUAACGGCCAGAGGAAGUAUGGAGGACCACCUGAGGUGUGGGAUGGCCCUGCCCCUGGAGCCCGCAGUGAGGUUUUCAUCAGCCAGAUCCCACGGGACGCCUACGAGGAUCUGUUGAUUCCCCUGUUCAGCUCUGUGGGGCCCCUCUGGGAGUUCCGGCUAAUGAUGAACUUCAGCGGCCAAAACCGCGGCUUUGCCUACGCCAAAUACGGCUCUCCAGCUGUAGCUACAGACGCCAUCCGCCUGCUGCACGGUCACAUGCUGCAACCCGGCUUCCGCCUCAGUGUCCGCCGCAGCACAGAGAAGAGACACCUCUGUGUGGGAGACCUGCCAGCUGCCACCAGGCAAGAGGACCUAUUGCAGGUGCUGCGUGUUCUCACGGAGGGGGUGGAGAGAGUGUCUGUGAAGGCUGGACCUGGUAUAGAGGGGGUGUCUGCUAUAGUCGCCUUCUCAUCCCACCAUGCUGCUUCUAUGGCCAAGAAGGUGCUGGUAGAAGCAUUCAAGAAACAGUUUGCUUUGACCAUCUCAGUCAAGUGGCAGUCUACAUUGAAGCCGAGCCCAGAGGAGCCAUUACCUCCAAAGAAACCUUCAGAAGGCUUUCUGCCUUCACCCGUGAAGCCGCCCCGCCAUAUCCUCAACUCUCCACGGCCCUCUGUCCUGCCUCCUCGCCUCGCCCGUCCUCCAUCCGUCCCUCCGGGUUUCUGCCGAGCAGUGGGAGGACCCACUGCACCCCAGCACCCUCCCCCUUCCAGGUCCUCUACCACCUCCUAUUCAUCCCCUGUGAUGCUCCUGCAUAAGAUGUGUGAGGUGACUGGGGUUGGCCAGCCGCUCUAUGACAUGUACUACAGCCACGCUGGGCCUGAUGGAUUCCUCUACUUUACCUAUAAGGUGUGUAUCCCUGGAAUAACCACAGCCUUCAAAGGACUGGUUAUGAUCUUGCCGGGAUCCACUGCCGCCACCACACUGGAGGAAGCUCAGCGGGCUGCAGCCCAGCAGGUCCUGCAGAGGGUGUACAAUAACUAGCUGGCCCACUGAAAAGCUUAUCAGAUAGUACACGGUACACCUAAUUCUACAGCACUGUUUCAGGCUCUGUUCGUAGUUUGUUGUUUCAUGCAUGCUUUUAUUAGAGUAGUCUUAGACUUGUUUGUCUUGUUUAAACGUAUGUGCUUUGUUUUAUGCAUGCUUUUAUUAUAAUAGUAGUAGUAGACUUGUUUGUCUUGUUUAAAUGUCUGUGCUUUGUUUCAUGCAUUGUGCGUUACUAUCGGAUUGGUUGCUCAUUUUAAAUAAAUGAGGUUUGACAACAAA